AUGAAGGUCGGGGCUGUGCAUCAGCCAUGGAUGGGCGGCCUUGGCGAAGGGCGCAGGGAGGAGAGGAGGCUCCAGCGGAGUAGGCAGGACGGCGGCGACAACCGUGGGGGCUCCUGCUCCUGUUGGGCAACGAAGACAGGCGCAACGCACCUGGCAGAGGCGGAGACGCGGCGCUCCGGGUCGCCGGUACGAGGGGAGAAGGGCGACGGGCGUGCGGCUCCAGGCGAAGCUCAGGCUCCCGGCGAGAAAGACGAACGGGGAGCAGGAGAUCCGGGUGCGGGUCCAGCGGGGCCGCUUGAGGAGGAGUGGAUGAGGGAGACUGCGGUGUCUAUCGGGAGGAUGAGAGGGAGAAGGGGUUGGCCGAAGGUGGCGCUCGGGAGGAGGACGAGGGGGAUCGAGGAGAGGGACGACGGGUGCUCUGUCCCUGGCGGCGAGAGAGGGAAACGGGGAAGGGAGCGAGAUCGAGAGGAGAGGGAGGCUGCGGCUGGGCCUCGGGCCAUCUAG